GAGCUGACUGGGCAUCAGGGCGGGCGCAAGGGCCGGCCCGGUGUCUUGUGUGGAAAGGUUAUUCCCAACAAUGCCAAUAUGAUCGUCCACAUGAUGACUCACUCUGGGGGGAAGCCCUACCAGUGUGACCAAUGCAGUAAGCGCUUCAGUCGGAGAGAUGCCCUAAAGAUCCACAUGUCGACUCACACCGGCGAGAAGCCCUACAGGUGUGACCAAUGCACAAAGCGCUUCAGUUAUAGCUAUGCCCUGAAGAUCCACAUGAGGACUCACUCCGGCGAGAUGCCCUACAAGUGUGACCAAUGCACAAAGCGCUUCAGUCAGAAAGGCCACCUGAAGAUCCACAUGAGGACUCACUCCGGGGAGAAGCCCUACAAGUGUGACCAAUGCAUGAAGUCUUUCUGUCAGAAAGACUACCUGAAUAGACACAUGAGAACUCACUCCGGCGAGAAGCCCUACAAGUGUGACCAAUGCAUGAAGUGCUUCAGUCUUGGCCGCAGCCUGAAGUUCCACAUUUCGACUCACUCGGGGGAGAAGCCCUACAUGUGUGACCAAUGCCCGAAGUGCUUCAGUCAUGCUUCCGGCCUGAAGUUCCACAUGUUGACUCACACCGGCGAGAAGCCCUACAGGUCUGACCAAUGCACGAAGUGUUUCAUUCAAAGCUCCGCCCUGAAGUGCCACAUGAGAACUCACUCCGGCGAGAAGCCCUACAGGUGUGACCAAUGCACGUUGCGCUUCAGUCGUGUUUGCAACCUGAAGAUCCAUAUGAUGACUCACUCCGGCGAGAAGCCAUACAAGUGUGACCAAUGCAUGAAGGGCUUCAGUCGUGGCGGCGACCUGAAAAUCCACAUGAGGACUCACACC